UCUCUCUUUUCUUCUGGAGCGAUCAGACUUAUUUACUGUACCCUUAAAAACCAGGUAGACAAAAUUACACAGAGAAGAAAAGCAAAAUGGGACGGAAGAACUGAGGAGUUGGUGAGAUUUGAUUCAUCGUUCCUGCUUGAUCUUGGUGAAUUCUGAGCUGAAUCGUCGUUCUUCGCCAUGGCUGCACCGUUUUUCUCAACGCCGUUUCAGCCCUACGUGUACCAGAGUCCACAAGAUGCUAUGAUACCGUUUCAAAUUCUGGGCGGUGAAGCUCAACUGGUGCAGAUAAUGUUGAAGCCGGAAGAAAAGGUUAUAGCAAAGCCUGGUUCAAUGUGCUUCAUGUCUGGGUCGAUCGAAAUGGAAAAUGUUUUUGUUCCUGAAAAUGAAGUAGGGGUGUGGCAGUGGCUUUUUGGCAAGACAGUGAGUAGCAUAGUUUUUCACAAUAACGGUCAAGGCGAUGGGUUUGUUGGAAUUGCUGCACCUUCGCUGGCCAGAAUUCUCCCGAUUGAUCUGGCAAUGUUUGGUGGAGAGAUUUUGUGCCAGCCAGAUGCAUUCCUUUGUUCCGUUAAUGAUGUUAAAGUCAGUAAUACAAUUGACCAAAGGGCUCGUAAUAUCAUUCCUGGUGCAGAGGGUUUUCUAAGACAGAAGCUAUCUGGCCAAGGGCUUGCAUUUAUAAUUGCAGGUGGAUCUGUUGUACAAAAAAAUCUUGAGGUGGGCGAGGUACUAUCUGUUGAUGUUUCUUGUAUAGCAGCUGUGACUACAACAGUCAACGUUCAAAUCAAAUACAAUGGGCCCAUGAGAAGAGCAGUGUUUGGUGGUGACAAUCUAGUAACAGCUGUUUUAACCGGACCAGGCAUUGUCUUCAUUCAGAGUUUACCUUUUCAUCGAUUUUCUCAGCGUAUUGCUAGGGCAGUUACAUCACCAAACAUGAGGGAAAAUCCAAAGUUCGUCAUGCAGAUAGCCAUUUUCUUUUUCUUGGCAUAUGUUGUGAUUAUAUCUUCAUUAAUCUUGACCGAUGUAUGAAAUUACUUCUAUUUACGGGAUAACCAGCAGUAUCAUAGCGGUUCUUUUCAUACAAGAUGGUUGCUGUAGCUUGAUUCAGUUUCAAUAUGACCAGAUCAAUAGAAACAAGGGAUUUUAGAAGAGAACUUUGGUGGUGGAAAUGCUUUGUAAAUUUCUUUUUUCUUUUGGAAGGAUGUACUGUAAAUUUAGAUAGUGGGCGUUUUACAUGUACUCGAGCAAUUAUAUGCAGGUGGUUUUUCCUUUUCUUGGCUA